AUGGCCGGAAGCUCUGCCGAAGAAGCUGUCGCUUUGAUGAAGAGCGCUGAAAAGCACUCACAAAAGAAAUUGUUUAGGCAACCCGACUGGGACACGGCGGCGAGUGAAUACGAGAAGGCUGCAAAGAUAUACGCCUUCUUAGAGGACACGGUUAGGGCGUGCGACGCCUGGCGUAAGGCGUCUGAGAUGCACCAAAAGGCCAAAAACAAAUUCUUUGCGGCACGUACGAUGGAGAGUAUUGCCAUAUUCCUGGGGGAGCAGGCACGGAAGGGUAUUGUAGGUGAUGCAUCCCUCCUUAAAAGUGCAGUUGAGGCCUACUUUGAAGCGUCUAAGCUCUACGCGCUUAACGACAUGUUUGAAAGGCAGUCGGGCUCGUUGAAGAAAGCUGCUGAGCUUCUCAACCUGGGAAUAGGUGUGGCGCGUGCGGCUGAAACAGAGGUGGACAGAGCGGAACUGCAGCAGCAACACCAGCAAAGAGUGCAGCAGGUAAUUGGUUUUUUCCGUGAGGGGGUGAACGUGCUGGAGGAACACAUUGAGGAUAAACCGGUUGUUGCGGUCCAGCUGCCUGAGCUGUACCACAGUUGGAUGUUGGUGCACCUCCACAACGGUGACGUGAGAGGCGCCGUGGAGGUGUUGGAGCAACAACUUGGCAUCAGCACAGAUCCUCGCAAGAAGGGUGUCUUUGAGUGGCUUGUCCAGCCGCACAAAUCUGCAAAGGUUGGAUUAGAAAUUAUUGUUUUGUGUCUUUCCUGCGGAGACGAGGUGUGGGCGCGACAGGAGAUGAGUAAACUGCGGGGUGUCACCGGUUUCAGUACAUCAAAGGAGGAGAAAGCCGCAAGCGCACUCAUCUCCUCCUUUGAGGACCGCGAUGAAGAGCAGCUGGAGACCGCUGUAAAGGAUCAGACGUUGCAGUUCAUCACCGCUGACAUCUCAAGGAUUGCAAGGAAACUAAAGCUUCGAUUCAGUGCGCCGCAAGGGAAUGACCUGGUGGCGUCCUCGUCUUCGUCUUUGCUGCAGCAUCAACCACCAGGUGAACAGCGGCUGGGGCAGCAGCAGCUGGAGGUUGAGCUUGAUUCAGAGGAAGAUAUACGAUAG